UCCGUCCUUUAUGGGACGUCCCAGUAACAUAUAAUAGUAAUAUUUAGCCUACAUACGUCGCCACUGGUAGAUAAGCUGAACCCUAAAAAUAAUCCGUUUCCAUGGAAACGCUUUAAAUACGGAAGCUCGCCGGUACAGCUGGAGGUGAGACCGAGACGGACGCGCACAGCAGGAGGUGCGGGAGGAGCAGGGGGAGGCCACGGUAGCCCACGGUAGCCCACGGUAGCCAGACUGACGUGGAAAGUGUCGGCACUCAGCAACUAACUUUGAGGGAAAGUCUUGUGAGCGACCUCCUGACUUGCCGAAGGUCGGACGGGUGGAAAAGAGAGAAAAUGAGCGUGGACAAAGCCGAGCUGUGCGAUUCCCUUCUAACGUGGUUGCAGACAUUUCAGGUGCCAUCGUGCAACAGCAAGCGUGACCUGACAAGUGGAGUGGCCAUCGCGCACGUCCUCAACAGGAUAGACCCCUCUUGGUUUAAUGCGACGUGGCUGGGCCGGAUGAAAGAGGAGAGCGAUGACAACUGGCGCCUCAAGGUCAGCAACUUGAAAAAGAUUCUCAAGAGCAUGCUGGAAUAUUACCAUGAUAUCCUGGGUCACCAGGUAUCAGAUGAGCAUCUGCCAGAUGUGACCCUCAUCGGUGAACUGGGCGACGUCGCUGAGCUGGGCAAGCUGGUGCAGCUGGUAUUGGGCUGUGCCGUCAGCUGCGAGAAGAAACAAGAGCAAAUCCAGCAGAUAAUGACACUUGAGGAAUCUGUCCAGCAUGUCGUCAUGACAGCCAUUCAGGAGCUUUUAUCGAGAGAUCGCUCGUCUGAGCCAGGAAGCCCCGAGACCUAUGGCGACUUUGACUACCAGUCCAGAAAGUAUUAUUUUCUAAGUGAGGAGGCAGAUGAGAAAGCAGACCUGAGUCAGCGCUGUCGAGAUCUGGAACAUCAGUUGUCGCUGGCUCUGGAGGAGAAGUUGUCUCUGCAGUCCGAGACUCGUUCCCUGAAGGAGAAGCUGAGCCGCUCUUUGGACGCCUCCGGCACUGCCAUCACCGGGAAGAAGCUGCUGCUGCUGCAGAGUCAGAUGGAGCAGCUCCAGGAGGAGAACUACAGACUGGAGAACAGCCGAGAUGACACGCGUGUGCAUGCUGACAUGCUUGAGCGCGAGGUGUCCGACCUGCAGCAACGAAACGAAGAUCUGACCAGCCUGGCUCAAGAAGCCCAAGCCCUCAAAGACGAGAUGGAUAUUCUCAGGCACUCAUCCGACCGGGUGAACCAGCUGGAAACGCUGGUGGAGACGUACAAAAGGAAGCUGGAAGAUCUGGGUGAUCUGCGCAGACAGGUGCGCCUCCUGGAGCAGCGCAACACCGUGUACAUGCAGCGCACCUGCGAGCUGGAGGAGGAGCUGCGCAGAGCUAACGUUGUCCGUACUCAGCUGGACACCUACAAGAACCAGGCUCGCCAACUUCACACCAAGCACCAGUCGGAGGCCAUGAAAGCUGAGAAGUGGCAGUUUGAGUAUAAGAACCUUUACGACAAGUAUGACGCGCUCCUACAAGAGAAAGAACGUCUGAUGUCAGAAAGAGACACACUUCGGGAGACAAACGACGAGCUGAGAUGUGUCCAAGUCCAACAGCGGUGCCUCAGUGGAGGAGGAGGUUUGUGUGACGACGAGGCUGCCGUAGGAAACCUUGCUGCAGAGAUCAUGCCCACAGAGCUCAAGGAGACGGUGGUACGCCUCCAGAGUGAAAACAAGAUGCUGUGCGUUCAGGAGGAAACCUACAGGCAGAAGGUAGAGGAGGUGCAGGCUGAGCUGGAGGGUGCUCAGCGCAGCAAGAACGCUCUAGAAACCCAAAACAGGCUGCAACAGCAGCAGAUCUCAGAACUGCGUUCUCAGGUGGAGGAGCUCCAGAAAACACUUCAGGAGCAAGACAACAAGGCCGAGGACUCCUCUUUAUUGAAGAAGAAACUUGAGGAGCAUUUGGAGAAGCUCCAUGAGGCUCACACUGAUCUCCAGAAGAAGAGGGAAGUGAUUGACAACCUGGAGCCCAGAGUGGACAGCAACAUGGCAAAGAAGAUAGAUGAGCUCCAGGAGAUCUUGCGGAAGAAGGACGAGGACAUGAAGCAGAUGGAGGAGCGAUGCAAGCGCUACGUGGAGAAGGCAAGAACGGUGAUCAAGACACUGGAUCCUCAACAGUCCGUGUCUGCGGGUCCUGACAUUCAGGCCUUGAAGAACCAGCUGACGGAGAAAGAGAGGAAAAUCCAACACCUGGAGCAUGACUAUGAGAAGAGCAGGUCCAGACACGACCAGGAGGAGAAGCUCAUCAUCAGCGCCUGGUACAACAUGGGAAUGGCCUUGCAUCAGCGAGUGGCAGGCGAGCGGCUGGGCCCCCCCGACCACACCAUGUCCUUCCUGGCCCGGCAGCGGCUGGCCACCAACGCCAGGAGAGGCCUGACUCGACCCCACCCAAGAUGACUCCUCACUCAAUGAGGCCCGCCUUGGUCUCCUGCCUUGUGCUGUGAAUCGUCUCUAGCUGCUGAUGCCCCCUGGUGGCUCCACGUGGUCCUGCACCCUCAAUGUAUAGAAAUACCACAGCAGCACAGCCGCCUUUUAAGGUGAUCUUUAUUUUAGCUCCGUUCUUUGGAGAACUCUGCUCUUUUUAAUUAGUCUUUUAUUUCUUUUAACCCGCUCUUGAGGGGAGGGGGCUGUUUUUCCAGGGUUCUUCUUAAGAUCUCCUUGGAGCACACGUCAAUGGAGGCCGAAGCACUGCAGGUUUAUCUCCAGCAGGUGAUUUCAUUCAUGACCUCCUUCCCUCAAUUAGAAGGUGGUGUUGAUCCAUCAAAAUCACCGGCGAGAAAGAAAACCUGCGGUGUCCCGGCCUCCGUGCCAUGGGUUGGACACCCCUGCCUUGGAGGACCUGGUGGGGUCCUCCAAGGACAGUGUGAUAUGAAACAUAUGGGAUCAGCUGCACUCUUUAUCCCAAUACCUCCACGGUACGCUGUAGUCCUACUUGAACUUCACGUUGGAGAACCUCGUGAAAGCUCACCAUAGCACGUUAGCUAGCAGUGCCUUCUAGAAGACACCAGGCGUUGGGGUGUUCAUUGUGCUCUGUUUGAGUGACGGCUGUUGUUUCAGGUGUCAGCCCAUCUUCAUUCAUGUACUCCAUAUUGGCACCAGUUUAGGAUGUUCAUUGUGACCCCCCCCCCAUGUGAAACAGGGUGUUUGACCUAAAUGCACGCACCACUUUAGCUGACACAAAUGGGAAUGAAGGCAACCGCUUUGAUGACAUCAUCAU